AUGCACACGCCAACAACUGCUUCAUUUUCUACCCGACAAAUUCGCCAUCAAAACACCGCUAAGAGAAACUCUUUUCAUCAACAAAACUUGGAACCCAGAUCAUCAAUAACAUCAACACCUCUCCUCUUCUCUUCAAUCGCUACAGCCACUACAACCACUUCAACAUCAACACUCCCGGCCCAUCUACUUGGCACUAAUUUAUCUUCAGCAAUACCAGGCAUCAAACUAUUCGACACCACAGGAUUACUCAUAAUCUCACACAUCAAAUAUGCAGCUCCCUCCUGGUCUGUCGCUUCAACUAUCUACCUGCAUCACAUCCUACAUCGUGUCAUCAAUCUCGUGUGGUCCCAGAAAACUGGAGAUGGCAUCAUCCUGUUCUACAUAAGCAACCAUAGCUCUUUCUCGCCUCUCGGAUUGACCUUAAGUUGGUUGGACUUGACCACGCAGUCACUCAAGGCAGACCUAGAUACGUCAAAUGGAACAUUGGAAUAA